AUGGCUCUUGCACCCUCCCAAAGAAGCCCGUGCUCAACAGCUUUGGGCGAUACAUCGCAUGUUGCCGUAGAAGCCUGUCCGGAUUUCUCUGUCUUUCUGCGAAGUUCCAGAAAUGGCAUCAAAGCAGCCAAGCGAGCUAGGGAAAAUGUCGGAGUUUCUGCGUUGAACAAAGACCCACAGAAAUCGUACAAGCGCUAUCUACCAGAGUCAAAGAGUAUUUCGUCAGAAAAUCUCCAGAGAAAGCGCAACGAAAGUCUGCCGAACUUGGGAGAUGCAAAUGCUUCUGCUGCGUGGUCACCUACACUUAAGGGUCCUGCUUUUUUUCAUCUAGCCGAUGAUGUUUUUCUUGAUCCGACCGAUGUUCAGGAGAAUACCUUGCGGCGCCAGUGCUUUCAACCUGCCUGGUCGCUUAUCGGAACGUUUAAGACUAAUAUUUAUUCUCUGGUUGAUGUAGAUCCCCGUCACGAUGUACUCAAGUGGCACCAGCAAACACCGAGGAACGAAUUCCAGCAGAUGCGGAUCCCUCUUUCCUCUAUAAAAGAAGUUAGAAUCUCGAGUGUGGCUAGAGAAGAAAUGGGCCCAAAUUGGGUAAUUGUUCGCACCUCGACCAAACCAACCCAAAUUGUGUUUGGCUUUGAGAAGUUAUCGAAUGCAAAACGAAUGAGGGCUGCACUGCAACCUUUCCCAUAUACUUAG